GGAUGAGAUGGAGAGAUAGAAAGAGAGAGAGAGAGAGAUAGAGGCAGGCAGUCGUCGUCUAUCGGGAGGAGGUGAGGGUGUGACUGUGAGGGUGCGGGAGGUAGUUCACAUGGAGAAGCAUGCAGCCUCCUGUAGUCGAUGAGCUGCCUCACACCACUGCCUUGCUCGAACGUCGAGCAAUCCUCUCCCUGCAGCCCCAGUCCCCUGCCCUGCACCAUCGCUCCGUACUGUGUGUCUGUAUGUGUCAGGCCGAAUUUAAUUGUUAAUGGCAUCACUCCAGAGAGAUGGGAAAAUCAAAACAACACUCAGAACAGAUGGAACGUUGAGCUUCCGGAUAGUCAAGGUCCCCAAGGGACCCCUCUACAGGGUGGAGGGAACCCACAUUUCCAUCCUGUGUAAUGUGACGAACUCCCAGGGUGCAGGCCGCUUCGAUUUCUGGUGGUCGUUUGUCAGAAUGCUGGACACAAGCACUCCGGUUGCCAUGGUUAGCACCCUCGAGGCCGAGUACACCGAUGCCACCUAUGAGCCCCGGGUCAAGGCCAAGGAGAUCUACAUCGAACGACAAUCGCUCAGAUGGGCCCGGCUUCACAUCACUCACCUGAGGAGAGACGACGAGGGGCUGUACGAGUGCAGAGUGGACAACGGCGCCAAGACAUGGCACCCCUCUCAACGUGCCACGGUCGAGCUGAAAGUCCUCCCAGACACCCUGAUGCUGUCGACACCGUUGGGAGAGUUCUCGAGUCUGGCCCUGCGCGAGGGGGAUGGUCUCAGCUUGCGAUGCCGUGCUGCAGCCCUUACCGUGCUGCACACCCACAUCUCGCUCGCGUUCGAGGUUACCAGGAGUAUGACCGGGACCCGUGACACCAUCGUUGGCGUCAGGCCUGACCUCAGCGUGGAGAGUCCGCCAGCCGGGCCUUACUGGUCCCGUUUCUACAGGGGCCAACUGGGAAUGCAGAAGGUUAAAGGUGACACCUACAUCCUGAGGAUGGACCAUGUCAAACCCCAGGAUGCGGGCCUGUACCACUGCACAGCGGCAGAGUGGAUACAAGACCCUGAUGGCAGCUGGCAGAAGAUUCUAGAAAAGAGAAUUGGCCUGGAAAACCUCACUGUACAACCCAACGACCUGAGGCUGGGUGUGGUGGCAUCUCUGGCCCCCGUGAAGUUUUACCAGGGGGACACAGUGCAGCUGCACUGCAAUGUGACUCUGGCCAUCGGGCACAGCGAGGACAAGGAGGAGGAGGAAGUGGAGCCCCAGCUGGCAGUGGGCUGGUGGGGCGAGGCCAAGGAACCCCUGGCCCUUGUGGACCGGCGCGGCAUCCUGCUCCCUACGGCCUGGCAUGGCCACACUCCUUCGGGCAGCGAGCUGAGCCCUGACCGUCCCACUCCUCUCUGCUUCCGCCUUCACAUCCACCGAGCCACCAAAGGUGACCAGGGACGGUACCGCUGCCAGGUCACCAGCUGGGGGCAGCGGCGAGGCACCACUCCCUACCUGCUCGCCACUGCCCAAUCGGAACCUGUCACCCUCUUCCUCUACCUCUCUCAAUUCCACACCAUGGGCCUGACCAGAAUCCGUUGGGAUCUCGGGACCAGGAAGAACCAGAAACCUGGAAUCCUCACCCUCCGACAUGCCGACGCGCUCGAAAUAUGUCAAUAUUGGUUUAAAUCCCGACAUUCCCAAACACUGUGAUGUUCCGUCCUUCCAUGGGGAGGGGGGAGGGGUGACAUUCCAAAAUGCUGACCCCCCAAAAAAUGACUCUCAAGACUCAACCCCAAAGUAAUGUCACCCCCAAAAGCCAUGGACACCGCUAAAGCGUGACUCUCUGACGCACAGCAAGCUCCCAGAUCUCAACAACCUCAACAUUGACCCCUGUUGUCCCUCAAACACUCAGAUUGUCCCGAAAUUACUAAAACCCCAACCUCUUCCCCCCCAAAAACCCUGACACCUCCCCAAACCUUACCUCCAAAAUCACUGACCCCUCCCCAAACCAUAUCUCCAAAAUCACUGACCC